AUGUUUUUAUUCUAUCUUUCUUUCUGUCUUUUUGUUUUCUUUAUUGCUUUAUUUUAUUUCCUUUUCUUUCUUUCUUUCUUUCUUUCUUUCUUUCUUUCUUUCUUUCUUUCUUUAUCCACAGCUCUUUCUGUGUUUUAUCUCUAUGCGUUUCGUUGCUUAGUUUAUUUUAUUUCCUUCUUUUUUCUUUUUAAAUUAUUAUUCUUUAUUUUCAUCUUUGACUUUUCUUCUUUUCGUUUCAUUCACUAUUUCUUUUUGAUGCGUUUAUUCUUAUUUUUUCUCUUUUACUUUUCUCUUUAUUAUAUCUUUUCUUUCGUUCUCUUCCGAUACAUGCGACCUCGUCUCAUCUCCCUUCAGCAGAUUUUUCCUCCUCCUUCAUAUUCUACUGAUAUUGAUUUAUGCAAUUUUUUUUAUUUAUUCUAUUAUUCGUUCUUUUUAUAUUAUUUUAAAUUCAUGUACCCCUCUUCUUUCUUUUCUUAA